AACAAUGAAAAAUCAAGAAGAAAAGGUAACCACCUUACCCUUGGAGAUUGAAGGACAACUUGGAGAAGUAGAAAUUAUGCCUGCAGAAACUAAACAAGAGGAUGUCCCUAAGGAGGAAGAGGAAAAAGCUCAAGUGUCAUUUGAAAAAAACACUUAUGAGGAUUCAUUUGAGAUUUACUUUAUUCAAGCAAAGGACCCAAUCAAAGAAUACAUAAAUUGCUUGAACACAUCAUCUUCCUUGAAAUCAAAGGGGGCACUCCUAGAAGAAUUGGGAAGGACAUCUGCUGGCCUAAACCCAAACCACCUCAAAAUAGUCAUUGGAGAAAAUCUUAUGGUGGAUUCAAUUUAAGGGUCAUUGAACAAGUUUGGGGGACAAGAUUAUGGAAAUUCACAUGCUAGAAGUCUCCUCUAAAUGAAGACAACUCAACUUCAAAACUUCAAUUUUAAGUCUUUAAGUGCAAAACCUGGGAAGUUUCUCUUUUCUCUUACUUUUAUUUUACAUUGAGGACAAUGUUUGAUUUAAGUUUGGGGGAGAGAUACACUUUUAGGCAUCCAUUAGUUGCAUUCAUAUUUGCAUGAUA